CCAAAUUGGCGAACUGCUGUCUCACGAGGGCUUCCUGGGCUGGGUACGGUCAGACAGGGCACUCCCACUGGCUCCUCAGUUGAAGCUACUCUGGAGCCGGACAGGCGCACUGGAAAACUCACUUGCAGUUGUUUCCUGCUGGCCAUGAGCGAGCUGCCCUUUCUGAGUCCAGAUGGAGGCAGAUGGCCUCACAUCAACAGAGGGUCUCAGAGCUCCCUGGAGGAAGGCUCUGUUACGGGCUCGGAGGCUCGCCACAGCUUAGGUGUCCUCCACGUGUCCUUCAGCGUCAGCAACCGUGUCGGGCCCUGGUGGAACCUCAAAUCAUGUCAGCAGCGGUGGGACAGGCAAAUCCUCAAAGAUGUCUCCUUGUACGUGGAGAGUGGACAGAUAAUGUGCAUCUUAGGCAGCUCAGGCUCAGGAAAAACCACGCUUCUGGAUGCCAUCUCCGGGAGGCUGCGGCGCACAGGGACCUUGGAAGGGGAGGUGUUUGUGAACGGCUGCGCGCUGCGCAGGGACCAGUUCCAAGACUGCUUCUCCUACGUCCUGCAGAGCGACGUCUUUCUGAGCAGCCUCACCGUACGCGAGACGCUGCGCUACACUGCGAUGCUGGCCCUCCGCCGCAGCUCCUCGGACUUCUACAACAGGAAGGUAGAGGCGGUCAUGGCGGAGCUGAGUCUGAGCCACGUGGCAGACCGAAUGAUUGGCAACUAUAAUUUUGGGGGAAUUUCCAGUGGCGAGCGGCGCCGAGUCUCCAUCGCAGCCCAGCUCCUUCAGGACCCCAAGGUCAUGCUGUUUGAUGAGCCAACCACAGGACUGGACUGCAUGACGGCGAAUCAGAUUGUUAUCCUCCUAGCAAAGCUGGCUCGCAGGGACCGCAUUGUGAUCGUCACCAUCCACCAGCCUCGCUCUGAGCUCUUCUGUCACUUUGACAAAAUCGCCAUUCUGACUUACGGAGAGUUGGUGUUUUGUGGUACACCAGAGGAAAUGCUUGACUUCUUCAGUCACUGUGGCUACCCUUGUCCUGAACAUUCCAACCCCUUUGAUUUCUACAUGGACUUGACGUCAGUGGAUACCCAAAGCAGAGAGCGAGAAAUGGAGACCUACAAGCGAGUCCAGAUGCUUGAAUCUGCCUUCAAAGAAUCUGAAAUCUGUCACAAAAUUCUGGAGAACAUUGAAAGAACAAAACACCUGAAAACCUUACCCACAGUUCCUUUCAAGACAAAAGAUCCUCCCGGGACGUUCUGUAAGCUUGGUGUCCUCUUGAGGAGAGUAACGAGAAACUUAAUGAGAAAUAAGCAGGCGGUCAUUAUGCGUCUUCUUCAGAAUCUCAUCAUGGGUCUGUUCCUCAUUUUCUACCUUCUCCGGGUCCAGAACAACAUGCUAAAGGGUGCUGUUCAGGACCGCGUGGGUCUGCUGUACCAGCUCGUGGCCGCCACCCCAUACACCGGCAUGCUCAAUGCGGUGAAUCUGUUUCCCAUGCUGAGAGCUGUCAGUGACCAGGAGAGUCAGGAUGGCCUGUAUCAGAAGUGGCAGAUGCUGCUGGCCUACGUACUGCACGCACUCCCCUUCAGCAUCAUUGCUACCGUGGUUUUCUGCAGUGUUUGCUACUGGACUCUGGGCUUGUAUCCUGAAGUUGCCAGAUUUGGAUACUUCUCUGCUGCCCUCUUGGCCCCCCACUUAAUUGGAGAACUUCUAACACUCGUGUUGCUGGGUAUGGUCCAGAAUCCCAACAUUGUCAACAGUAUAGUGGCCCUGCUGAGUGUUUCUGGGCUGCUUAUUGGCUCUGGACUGAUCAGAAACAUAAAAGAAAUGCCCAUUCCUUUUCAAAUCUUGAGUUAUUUUACAUUCCAAAAAUACUGUUGUGAGAUUCUUGUGGUCAAUGAGUUCUAUGGGCUGAAUUUUACUUGUGGUGGCUCUAAUUCCUCUGUGGUAAUUAACCCAAUGUGUACCAUCACCCAAGGAAUCCAGUUCAUCGAGAAAACCUGCCCAGGUGCCACAUCCAGAUUCACAGCAAACUUUCUGAUCUUAUAUGCAUUCAUCCCAUUUCUUGUCAUCCUAGGAAUAGUGGUCUUUAAGGUCCGGGACUACUUUAUUAGCAGAUAGUCAGAUGUCAGUGGGGAAAGGGUUGAAGGGCAGGCCUGCCCGCCAUGGACAAUUGAGAAGUGCUGUCUUCGAACACCAUUCCAUCUGAGGCCCUCGCCUCUCCCCAGGCUCCAAGUGCAAUGACAGCUGUUCGCAGUCCUUUGCUAGUCCAGCUUGUGGGGAGAUGUGGUCCUUGGAAAUUGUGACUGACCUGGUCCAAGGAUGUAAAUAAUAAUAAUAAUUCAUAAACCCGUGGGACAUUAGUUUGACUACGUGUUUUUUUCUAGACAGAAAAAUAAGCCCUUUUAAAAUUUAUGUUUACCUUUGAUAAAGAAUUUUAUAAAACAAAA